AUGGAGUCCAACACCCCUCUUUUAUCACAGGGCUUGAGGAACAAGAAAACCCCAAUGUUGCAGGCGAUGUGGCGCGAUAUUGUUGUUGUUUUCAAGUCCUCUCCGAUCAAUUACUUGAUUGCCUUUGUACCACUGGGAUUGAUGUUCGGGUACGGGAAGCUGUCUGUGACCUGGAACUUCAUCCUGAACUUCGUGGCUAUCAUCCCAUUGGCAGCAAUUUUGGCUUUCGCGACGGAAGAGCUGGCCGACAAAGCUGGCUCUACUCUGGGAGGAUUGCUAAAUGCCACCCUGGGUAAUGCUGUGGAACUUAUUGUUUCGAUUAUAGCCCUCCGCAGUGGCCAGGUUACUAUUGUCCAAGCAUCUAUGCUAGGAAGCAUAUUGUCGAACCUGCUGCUGGUGCUUGGCUUCUGUUUCCUAGCCGGUGGUUACAACAGGGUGGAACAGAACUUCAAUCAGACGGCAGCUCAAACCAUGUCGUCCCUGUUGGCCAUUUCGUGCGCCUCGUUGUUGAUUCCAGCCGCGUUCCGUGCCUCUCUUCCAGAUGACAACAAGAAGCAAGACUUAUUGAUCAAUGCCAAGAUCUUGAGUUUGUCCAGGUCAACUUCGAUCGUUCUUCUUGUCGUUUACGUUUGCUUUCUCUACUUCCAACUCGGGUCUCACCACACAUUAUUUGAACAGCAGGAGGAAGAAGCUGAUGAGGUCUUGGAGCAACACCCCAAGAGGCACACGUUGUCGGUAAAGUCCUCGAUCAUUGUCCUCGUGGUUACUACAAUUCUAGUAUCUAUUUGCGCUGACUUCCUCGUUGGCAGUAUCGAUCAUGUUGUUGAGACCUCAGGUUUGUCCAAGACUUUUAUUGGUUUGAUAGUCAUCCCUAUUGUAGGGAAUGCAGCUGAGCACGUUACGUCGGUUGUUGUGGCUACUAAAAACAAAAUGGAUCUCGCGUUGAGUGUGGCAAUUGGCUCUUCACUUCAGAUUGCUCUUUUCGUUACUCCGACUAUGGUUUUAAUAGGGUGGGCAAUUGGUGUUCCCAUGACAUUGAACUUCUCAACUUUUGAGACUGCUACCUUGUUCAUUUCGGUGUUCCUUUCCAACUACUUGAUUUUGGAUGGUUUAUCCAAUUAUCUAGAGGGAAUCAUGUCCAUUGCGAUGUACGUUCUGAUUGCUCUUGCAUUUUUCUACUAUCCCGAUCAGGAAGCCCUCUCUUCGCUUUCCACAUGA